UCAAGUUAUCUGUCCUGUAAUGUUAGAAGUGUGUAGUGUAGGAAAGUGCCUUCUUGAAAAACGUGGACAUUUCAUCUGCUGCUGGUCUAACUCUCUUUGAAGAUGUGGCUUCAUAAUUUGUUGCUGGGUUUUGACUUAAAGGGGCUGUUCUUGUUUGUUAUUAUUUUCAUCAUAAUAGCCGACUUUCUCAAACACAGGAAUCCCCCAAAUUAUCCUCCAGGACCGAUGGCUCUUCCGAUUGUGGGGAAUUUCUUAAGUUUGGACAGUAAACAUCCGCACGUAUAUUUUACUAAGCUGGCUGCCGUUUUUGGGAAUGUGUUCAGCUUCCGCCUCGGCAAAGAUAAGAUGGUGUUAGUGUCUGGGUACAAGAUGGUGAAGGAAGCCCUAGUGACACAAGCCGAUAACUUUGUGGAUCGACCACACAGUGCGAUUGUGGACAGGGUUUACUCAGGAGACUCAGGUGGUCUUUUCAUGAGCAAUGGUGAUACAUGGAAGAGACAGCGACGAUUUGCCUUGUCUACCCUACGUACCUUCGGUCUGGGGAAAAACACCAUGGAGCAGAGUAUCUGUGAGGAGAUCCGACACCUGCAGGAGGAGAUAGAGAAGGAAAAAGGUGAACCUUUCAACCCAGCAAGCCUCUUCAACAACGCAGUGUCCAACAUCAUUUGCCAGCUGGUGAUGGGGAAACGCUUUGACUACAGUGACCACAACUUCCAGAUCUUGUUAAAAUAUAUUUCUGAUGUUUUUUGGCUUCAAGGGUCUUUAUGGGGUCAGCUGUAUGAGUCGUUCCCUGGAGUGAUGAAGUACUUGCCAGGUCCUCACAACAAAAUGUUCGAUCAAUUUACCGCAAUACUAGAGUUCAUCAGUCUGGAGGUAAAGAGCCACAAAAAGGAGCUGGACCGCAGUGAUCCCCGGGACUAUAUUGACACUUUCAUUAUAGAAAUGGAAAAAAACAAAGACUCUGAUCUUGGCUUCACGGAGUCUAAUCUGGCAAUGUGCUCUCUGGAUCUGUUCCUGGCUGGAACAGAGACCACGUCCACCACGUUACUGUGGGCUUUAGUUUUCCUCAUCAAAUACCCUGAUGUCCAGGACAAAGUCCAGACAGAGAUAGACAGAGUGAUCGGACACAACCGACAGCCCAGUAUGGCAGACAGACCCAACCUGCCUUACACUGACGCAGUCAUCCACGAGAUCCAGAGGAUGGGAAACAUUAUUCCUCUAAAUGGACUCAGAAUGGCCACCAAGGAUACAACACUGGGCGAUUACAUCAUACCCAAGGGUACGUCCGUGAUGCCUAACCUGACCUCUGUGCUGUUCGACAAGACUGAAUGGGAGACCCCAGACACCUUCAACCCUGGACACUUCCUUGAUGCUGAGGGAAAGUUUGUGAAGAGAGAAGCUCUCAUGCCUUUUUCUGCAGGGAAACGUGUGUGCCUUGGAGAAGGCCUCGCCAAGAUGGAGCUGUUCCUGUUUCUGAUUGGACUACUGCAGAAGUUCUCUUUCUCCGUUCCUGAUGGAGUAAAUCUGAGUACAGAAGGAGUUACUGGAAUUACACGAGUACCACACCCCUUCAAGGUUUACGCCAAGGCACGCUGAAUUAUAGGUUACAAAAUCUCACUGAAUCAAAAGUGAUCUGUCUGCCUGUACAUUCAAUUCUAUGUGAUCAAAUAGUUUUUACAUAAUAUAUUCUUGUAUUAAUGGCACUGUUUAUAGGACAGUUUCCAGUGUCCUUGUUAUUAAAGGCAAUAUGUAUAAAGAUUUCCUAAGAAGAAGCUGUAUGGUCUAUGUAUUCUUUAUGAUCAUCACUUAUGUAAUGCAUUAGCCAUUAUUUAAGAACUGCAAUCGUUAACAAAACAUUUGGAUAAAUGUAUUAAUGAUUAAUAAAGGACUUGAUGAUUUGUGUCACAAA